CUUGAAUAAAUAAUUCUCAAGAUUUUAGUUCAUUUAUUUUUGCAGCGUAUCAUAAUAGGAGAAAACUUGUAUUUUAUUUAUCAAACAUCUGUCUGCAACCGAAUAAUGGACGCGAAGGCCGCCCUUUUAGCCAUUGUCCUGUUAUUAAGUGUCACAUAUAUAUCGUUUGCAGAUAAGGGGAAAGAUCACGAUGAUGAUGACGAUCCCAAGGACGACGACAGCGACGACGACGGUGGCAUGCCCAACUACUGUCCAGAAGAUGAUGGGAUGUUCCCCAAUCCGACGGACUGCGCCACUUACUACAACUGCGUCGACGGAACAGCCAUAGCCAUGAGCUGCGCCCCGGGACUGCUUUUUGAUGCAGAGAAAAAGAUGUGUAAUUUCGCCGAUCGAGUCAAGUGCAAAAAUCAAUGCCGAGGCCCCAACGGAAUGUUCCCCAGCCAACACCGCUGCGACGAAUUCGUCCUCUGCACGAAUAAUAAGCCUAAAGUGAAGCGCUGCAAAAAGGGGCUCUAUUUCGAUCCCAAUCUGCAGGUGUGCAACUACAAGGACCAAGUACUCUGCAGUUUGCCUGGUGGCGGCAAGAAGGGCAACAAGACUGACACAGGUAAAGACAAAGGGAAGGACAAUAACAAGGGGGGCAAGGGGGAUAUGGAAGACAUCAAAAUGCGUAAGGCACUCGCCCUGGCCAGUGUCCGGUCCGUUUGUCCGAAGGCGCGCGGACUCUUCGCCCACGCGGAUUCUUGCCACAAAUUCUAUCAGUGUUAUGACGGAGAAGUACUGGUCAAGUCGUGCCCUGAAGGACUGCUGUUCGAUGAGGAAAAGAGUUCUUGUGCGUAUGCGAAAGAAGUGGAAUGCGGUGACAGGCAGGUGUUUUCUCCCAAAUAUCCCGCUUACGAUGACAUUUGAAUAUCUGCGCGCCUCGCCAGUAUUCGCAAGAGGCUUUCGGUGACUAUCGCUUUGGGAUUUUAAUGAAACCUUUAGGUUUGUUAGGGUAAUGAAAAAAGGAAAGAUGAAAUGCACAUUUUUGUUGAGUAAAUGGCCUUCCAUGCAGAAUCAAUGCUGCGGGGCCAUUGUUUUUGAUGCCACUUAUACCGUAAUUUUGCAUUUAUUAUCUUUCAAUCUGGAACAAAAAAAAAAAAAAAGGUUAGAUAAUCAUGCAGUUAAUUAAUUACUAAAAAUAGAAGAGGGGAGACAAAAUGAAGUUAAACUAUUAUUAAUUACUUUAUAACUGUCGUGAUUAUAAUUUUAAUCUAAGAAAACGUUUACAUUUCAUUCAGACGUUAGUUAUGAUAGGUUCAAGAUGUGAAUCUACCUUAGCGAAUAUCUGAAAGAUGUAACUUAUAAGGAAUCUCGAAAAAUUGGAAUAGGUACUGGAAAACGGAACAGAUCUCAUGAUUUAGAAACAAAAUUAUAUAUAAAAAAAGCACGAAUGCAAAGUAAUACGGUACAGAGUUCGAUGAAGUGAUGAUAAAAAUCAUUUCAUUAGAUUCUCUGGAAGAUGGGAUGCCUUAUUUUAGAAAGUUUAUAGUGAAAUAUUUCCGUCUUUGUUUAAAAUACAAGAAAAUAUUGAUAAAUUGAAAAUAAUUUUUUAGAAACUACAAAAAGAAAUUGAAGGAAUUGUGAAAAUAAAUUUUUCUUUUUUUAACCAGAUAAUUAAUUUUUAUUACUAUUUAGAUAAAUAAUUUAAUUUUAAAAAGCUUUAGGUCAAGAAAAAAAAUAAGUGUAAAUUUAGUUUUAAAGUGUUUUAUAUGCUUCUACAGGCAAAAAAAUUAAAGCUGAAAAACAAGGAAAUGGUGCAACUAACACAGCAAGUUUGAAGUAAUGAGCCGCAUUUUGAGUCACUUUCAAGAGGUGUCUGAUUUGGGUCAUUUUAGCACAUUUUGCUUUCGUCACAUUAAGAUCAUUGUUUGUCUUUCAUUUCACGCUUUUAUCUUAGCUGCAACAAGCUCAAGCUCUUCGUAUUUUGAUCUCAUCUUUAGUUGCAAAAAUAUUGAGCUCUUCUUAUGUCGAUAUCAUGUUUAACUGUAAUAAAGAUGAGCUCUUCAUAGUUUGAUCUCAUCGUUGGCUGCAAAAGGACUGAGUUCUUCAUGCGUUGAUCUCAUCUUUAGAUGACUGCUCAUUUUGACGCCAUAACAUUCAUUGCAUUUUAUCAAAAAGUUUUAUUUAUUAAUGGAGGGUAGAAUUUUUCUUUUUUGAUUUUUACACAAUAAUAAAACUUUGAAAAGGAAUUAAUUUUACCAUUAAUUUCCGAUCAUAGAGGAAUAAGAUUUAACCACAAAUGCAGCUGAUAUAGACAGGGGUUUUCUUUAAUUAUUAUUUAAGGGAACAGGGACGUUCUCUACAGUGAAGAUUGCCGGAAUUUCAGUUGCAAAUAAAGGAAAUUUUUUCGCAAAAAGUUCGGACAUAAUGAUCAGGACAGGAAGAAUUUAUUUUAAUUAUAAAAUAAUAUAAAAAAUUGUUUCAUAAAAUAUGUUUCUUAAUAGUAAAUCGAAUAAAUGUUGUGAUGCAAUAGUUUUUCAGUUUAACAAAUCGGUACACUCAGAAAACAUAAUUCUGUAUAAAAUCCUUCCAAAAGCAGCGUAGUAUAUGAUUAUAGGCUUAAUGAUUACAUUGAACUUAUUUUUCAUUUAAAUUUGAGAUUAAUAAAAAUUUCAAAAAAUAAUAAAUAUCGUGUAACUUUAAAAUCUACAAAAAAAAAAAAUAUUGUAUGAUAAAUAACCUGUAAAGAUAAAUAUCACCUCGCAGAUAAAAAUAAAAAUAUGUUUAACAUAUGCAAAAUGUUUGUAAAUAUUGUAUAAAAUUUCAUCCGAUUGUAUUGAACAGAAUGCUCUUUAUGCAUAUCGAAAUCGUAAGAAAACAUGUUACGAAGAAAAGAUAAUUUUUAUCUUUCUAUCAAUGCAAUUUCUAUUAGAUUCAAUUUUAAACAAUAAUUUAUAAACUUUCGACCUCUCAAACUUAUUCAAAUUAUCCACAUCUGUAAUCGGUGAGAUGCCCUCCCCCCUAUUUUAUUAAACUGAAACUUGAAAAUCGAUUUUUGCACGUAUAAAUGUUCUCAAUUCCUUUAUGCGUUAGAAUUAAAACAUCAAAAUUUUCAUUACAUUGUGUCAAACAAUUUGGAAAAAUGACACAUUUUUUUUAUUAAUUAAAAUAACUUUAGAUACUAUUAUGACUUUGUAAAUUAUUUAUUUAAGUAGAUUUCCCAUUAAGUAAAGAAUUCACCAUCUAAGCUAAAAUUUAAGCAACAGAAUUUUUCUGUUUAUAACGAUUGCUUUUAAGCAAUAAAUAAACAUUUCUUCAUAAAGCUCAAUUUCUUAAACUUAAUUAAAACGGACGUGUUUUAAUAUUUGAUUAGAGCAAAAUGCCUUUAUAAAUAAUGAAUUAGUCAUAUUUGUUGAUAUCGUAAGCUGAAAUUUAGCUCAGGAUUGGAUUCAAAUCUUCGACAUUUGUUUUACUAUCAUUACUAUUUCCCAUUUUUAAAUUAUUUGAAAAACCCCGUUCAAUGGCUUUGAUUCCUUAACAAUAAAUACUCUGUUUGUUGAUCAUUUGUGUGAUUCAAUAAAGAAUUUUGCAAACUGAUUUGAAACAAUUUCUAUACUAAUACACAAAAUGGAAUUAAAAAAAAUUUCGCACUUUUAAAGCCGUAAUAUCUGGCAUCAACAUCGUACUCAACUGACUAAUGCUAUGUUUUACAUUUCAAAAAUUGUUUUAUAUAAUUACAAGAAAUACCUUUUAUUUACAAACUAUGCAUGAUGAUUAUAGCUUAAAUACAUGCUCUUUAGGCAUUCAAAGCUUCAUUUAAUUAAUAAAAAAAACAUUUUAACUAGAAUGCAAAAGCCAUAUGAAAGAUUAUACAUCUUGAAGCUAAUCAUUUUUAUUGUUAGGACAUCGGAAAAAAAUGUAUUGCUCCAUUGAAAAAAAAAAUGUCCAAAAAUAUUCUAAGAAGAAAAAAAAAAAAAAAAGAAAU